CGCAAGGUGCAGUCGAGUCGUCGCCUCCGCCUCUCUUAACAGCAGCGUCAACUAAGCAAACGGUUGCCGUGGAUCGUACGAUCCUCCUUCUGUUCUAAUUUUAAAACAUUACUAUUGGCCAAAGCAAUGAGCACGUGCUGACCAUGGCGCAACAUCGUGAAAUGAAAGGCUUUUCAAGCCAAACGGGCAGCAGCAUCCUCGCCUUGAGUCUCCUCAGCCUGUUGCUGGUGAGUCCAUCGGCAGUUCAGGCCCAGGAUGAGUCCCUGGCUGGCAGUUUUCUAUCAGGUCUGCUCGAUACGAUAACCAGCACGGCGGAUGCCAAGGACUGUCCCGGAGUCUGUGUCCACACGCUGGCCACUCUCAUCUGCUACGAGGUGCUCGACAAUGUGCCCUGUCCGUCGCCCAGCAUGAAAUGCUGCAUCGAGAAUGCACCAGGUAAAAAUGCCACUGCAUUGAGAGGAACCACAACGCCCAAGACAACGACCACACCCAGCACCACAACGACGCAAAGGACAACCACAACAGUGGCCACCACUAGCACUACCAGGCGCAGCACCACCACGGCGACAACUACCACACCGAAGCCCAAGCCCAAGCCACAGCCCAAGCGUCCGGCCAGCAGCACAACCAAAGCCACGGCGGCCACCACAAAGAAGCCCAGCACCACCAAGAAGGCCACAACGACAAAGCCCAAGGACAAGGAUGAGGCCACCAAGACCACGGACGAUGUGAACAAGGACUGCACGGGCGUUUGUGUGGCUGAUCGGAUAGCGGAGUAUUGCGAGGCCUACCUGACCAGCGAUGGACUGUGCAAGGAGGGCACCAAAUGCUGCGUCUCCCUGGACGAGUACUCCAACGGGAAGCUGCCCAAGGACAUCUACAUUCCAGCCAAACACAUGAGCAACCUCAAGCCGAAUCAGACGAUAUCCGAAAAGUCUGCGCCCACAAGGGCAAGCAGCUCCACCAGCACGUCCACCAGCACCACAACUACGACCAAGGCAACAACCACAACUAGCACAACCCCAGAGCCAGCAAGGACCAACGGCAAUAGCUCCGCAAAGCCCAGCAAACACAAGAAGCAUCCGACCAGAACGACCACUGAAGCAGCCGCCGAGGAGGAGGACGAGGAGGAGGCCGACGAUGAGGAGGAGGAAGAGGAGGCGCCGCUGAGCAACAAGCUCAAGUCUGGGCAGGCCAACGACCAGGGGCAGGUGCUCAAGGAGUGCGAGGGCGAGUGUAUGAACGGCAUCUUUGCCAUCUUCUGCGACGACAUCGACUCGGAGGCCUUCUGUCCGGGCGAGGGCAGCUGCUGUGUCACUGGUACUGGUGGCUCCGAGGCGCCCACAUCCAAGCCGCCGCCACCCACAAAGCCGGCCAUCAAGCAUGCCCCCAAGCCCGCACCAAAGCCCGCUCGUCCCGCCGCACCACCGCCAGCGUCUUCGAAUCCACUGGGAGGAGGAGGAGGCGGCGGCGGUGGAGAUUUGCUCUCGCAGAUCAUCUCCUUUGCCGAGAGCACACUGAGCGCCCCCUCAUCGGCUCCACCCCCACCGCCUCCGCAGGCGCCGCCGCAGGUGCCACGCUGUCCGGGCUUCUGUCUGCUGAACAUCAUGGCGGCCUUCUGCGAGCGUCCCUCCGUGCUCGUCUCCACGGCCACGACCUGUGCCAAGGGCUCCGUGUGCUGCGACAACUCUCGCGCCGGUGCGCCCAAGCCCAAGCUACCGCCUGCCACGCCCUCGCCUACACAGCCGCCCACAGCCCCGCCCUAUGUGCUGCACAAUACGCCCAGUCCGGAUCCACGCGAGGAGUGUCCCGGCUCCUGCAUCGUCAGUCUGCUGAGCUUCACGUGCUUCAAAAACGCCGAGAUGACCGACCUGUUCCGGUGCAAGCGCUCCGGCCAGAUCUGCUGUGCCCCCAAGAGCAAGAUCCUCGAGCGGCAGCAGUUCCAGACGCGCAACGACACCGCCUACUACCCUGUGCCGCCGCCGCCCAUGGGUCCACCGCAGGCCUAUCCGCCACAGCCGGCUGCCAUGCCUCCGCCGUACUCGUACAUGUCCAACCAGCAGCCGCAGGGUCCGCCGCCGCAAAUGCCGCCUCAUCACCCGAAUCCCUACCAGCAACACCAGCCAGGACCGCCUCCUCCCCCGGGACCGCCCAGCUAUGCGGACUAUUACGGUCAGUCUGGUCCCGGACUGCAGCCUGUCCUGCCGCCGCAGCCCCAGCCCCCGAUGACCACGCCUCCGACCACGACGACAACCACAACGACUCCGCGACCGCAUGUCUACUCCAAGUACGUGUGCGGCGUCAAGGGAACCCUCCGCACAGGACGUGCCGGCAGGUCCCCUGCCCUCUCGCUGGUGUCCUACGCCCGCGCCAAGUACGGUGUGCAACGCUCCGCCCGCCAGAUGACCUCCGUCGCGGCGUACGCGAGCAACUUCAACAAGUCCAACGAGCGGCUGGUGCUCGGCUCCGCCAUCGUGCCCAUCCAGAUCCACAACGAUAAGCUCGGAGACCUCGUGGAGACCGGUGCCAGUCUGCAGAGCAACCAGCUGCGCUCCUACCACAGCCAUUCGGCGUCGGAUCAGCCGGAGAUUGUGUAUCCGGACUACUACCAGCAGCGAUCGCUGCAGGCGGCAAACUACAGCGGCCGUAGAAGGGCCCGCGUGGUGGGCGGCGAGGAUGGAGAGAACGGCGAGUGGUGCUGGCAGGUGGCUCUCAUCAAUUCCCUGAACCAAUAUCUCUGUGGAGCGGCACUCAUCGGCACCCAGUGGGUGCUGACAGCGGCCCACUGCGUCACCAAUAUUGUUCGUUCCGGAGAUGCCAUCUACGUGCGAGUGGGCGACUAUGAUCUGACCCGCAAGUACGGCAGUCCAGGAGCCCAGACGCUGCGCGUGGCCACCACCUACAUCCACCACAAUCACAACAGCCAGACCCUGGACAACGACAUUGCCCUGCUGAAGCUCCACGGACAGGCAGAACUCCGGGAUGGCGUCUGUCUGGUGUGCCUGCCAGCGCGUGGCGUUAGCCAUGCGGCGGGCAAGCGAUGCACGGUCACCGGCUACGGCUACAUGGGUGAAGCUGGUCCCAUACCCCUGAGGGUACGCGAGGCGGAGAUACCCAUUGUUAGCGACACGGAGUGCAUCCGGAAGGUGAAUGCCGUGACGGAGAAGAUCUUCAUACUGCCCGCCUCCAGUUUCUGUGCUGGCGGCGAGGAGGGACACGAUGCCUGCCAGGGCGAUGGUGGCGGUCCGCUGGUGUGCCAGGACGAUGGCUUCUACGAGCUCGCUGGCCUGGUGUCCUGGGGCUUUGGCUGCGGCCGCCAGGAUGUGCCCGGCGUCUAUGUGAAGACGUCCUCGUUCAUCGGCUGGAUCAAUCAGAUCAUCAGCGUGAAUAACUUAUAGUGAGGAACACCCCAGCUCGGGGAACCCUGCUCUUGUAGCGGUGUCCGGUAUUACCGGAACGGCCUACGAUAGCCCCGGGGUUCCUGCUCUUCGACUGUUAACCCUAAAGCCCUAAAUCCUAGUGUAAUCUAUUCAUACCUAAAUCUAAUGGAUCGAUUCGGUUCCGUUCGAUUCGAUUCGAUUCGGUUCUGGUCGGAUCCAAUAAUAAUAAUAGCUAUUACGAUUAUCGAUAGAGAGUAAACGGCAAUCUUUAAAAGUAUUCCCCUAUUUGAUAAUAAAGAAACCCCCCUAUUGUAAACUGUUUUUGUAUAUACGAGUACAAAAUAUAUAAA